UUUGCUGGGAUCAGAUCAUCGUAUAAAAGAGUCGUGAUGCGUUCGAUCUGACAUCAGUCGUCUCUGAAGAGCAUCACCACUCAAGGCGUUAGGAACCUUUCGAUAUUGGUAUCGUUGUCAUCGAAUCAAGUGGAAUAGUAGUUAACAUGAAGGUCUUCGUUUGUAUGUGUGCUCUGUUUGCUGUGGCCAACGCUGGCUUCCUCGGUCUGCUCGGAGGCGGUGGCAGCAGCGGUGGUGGCGGCAGUCUCAAGGCCGGCAUUAGCUUGGGCGGCGGAAGCAGCGGCGGUGGUGGCUAUUCCGGAGGCGGCGGUGGCGGCGGCGGUGGUUACCACGGUGGCAGCUCACAUGGCGGUCAUGGUGGCGGUCCAGUUCAGGUGGUCAAGGUCAUCCAUCAGCAGGGCGGCUACUCUGGCGGUGGCUACUCCGGAGGCGGCGGCGGUGGUGGCUAUGCCGGCGGCUAUGGCUACGAGCCCGCACCACAGGUCUACAAAGUGAAGGUAAUCUCCGAAGGCGCCAGCCAUGGUCCGGCCCCCGUCUACCUCCCACCAGCCCCAGUCUACAGCGCCCCCACCUCCGUCAAGGUGAUCAAGGUACUGUCGGAGUCCGCUCCUCUGGUCAGCGGUCCAGCUUUCAUUGGAGGCGGCGGCGGCGGUUCGUCGGGUGUGUCGCAGGUCAUCAAGGUGGUCCACGAGAGCCACGACGCUGGUGUUUCCUACGGCGGAAAUUCUGGCUCCAUUUCGGGCGGACACGCCAAGGUGGUGCGCGUCAUCCAUGAGCAUUCGGGCGGCAUUGGCGGUGGCUCAGCAUACGCCCCCAUCGAUGUUCCCGGACCAGCUCCAGUGACUUCCUACCAGGAGGCUCCAGUCUAUGCUGCCCCUGCUCCAGCUCCAGUGUAUGCUGCCCCUGCUCCAGUGUAUGCUGCCCCUGCUCCUGCUCCGGUGUAUGCUGCUCCCGCUCCAGUUUAUGCUGCGCCCGUGAACUAUGCUCCUGCCCCGGCACCAGUUUACUCUGCUCCUGCCCCGGCUCCAGUGUAUGCUGCUCCCGCACCAGCUCCAGUCUACGGUGCCCCUGCUCCCGCACAAGUGUACAGUGCCCCACUGCAGGCACCAGCACCACUCCUGAGCGUCCCCCACCCAGCACCCGCACCAGUGUUCGCGCCCGAGGAGCAACUGCUGCCCGUGGGACACGCGCCCGCCCAGACCUACGGCCCACCAGCCUACUAAGACUGUUUCCCCGACUUCAAGACACACCCCCGCACCCCACACAUUCGAGACUCGGGAAGACCUUCGACCUACUACUACUACCUCUAUCGACUUUUCCUACACAACGCCAUGAGUUAAUUUAAGUCAUUUUUUUUACCCAUUUUUUUUUUGCUAGAAAAUAUACAAAAUAUAAACCGAAAAGAAACACUUUCAAUC